AUGGACCCUCGUGUCGCCGCCGUCGAUGGCUUCACCAAGACCAAGCACAAGUCGGUUCCACCUUCUCUGGAUCCUGCCCGCGUGAGUCUGGAAGACUCGUUCACGGUCUGCAUCAUCGGCGCGUCCACCGGAAUUGGUGAGCAUAUCGCCUACAGCUUUGCCCGGGCCAAGGCAGCAACGCUGGUCAUAUCCUCUCGAACAAUCAGCGACCUGGAGGCCGUGGCCGACCAAGCAAGACGGAUCAACCCCUCCGGCCAUGUUCAUAUAGUUGAGUGUGAUGUCUCGAAAGCGACAUCUGUACAAGCUCUGGCAGACUAUGUGAAAAUCCACUGCAGACGAUUGGACAUGUUGAUCCUCAACGCAGGCUACGCCGGGCCGGUCAUCACGAAGAUGGACCAAGGAAAGCCUGAAUAUGUUCGACACGCCUUUGAAGUCAAUGCCUUUGGAACCUACCUUGCCGCCCAUUAUUUUGUCCCCCUACUCAUGCAGACGGAAACCGGAGCAAAAGGGUUUAUUGCCAUUGGGUCCAUCGCCGGUUGCAUCAGACGAGGGCCAAUUGCGAACACGGGGUACACAGUCAGCAAGUUUGCGCAGAUCCGCUUGGUCGAGUAUCUUCAUGAACAAUAUUCUGGGGAAGGGUUGGUCAGCCUUGCCCUCCAUCCUGGAGCAGUUAUGACGAGAAUGGCAAGCGGGAACACGCCGGAAGAGUUUUUGCCUUACAUGACCGAUGAGGUUGAUCUCUGUGGAGCGGUCUGUGUGUUUCUCAGUAAACAGAUCAGGCAUCUCAAUUGGCUGAGUGGAAGACUGAUCUCUGCCACCUGGGACAUGGACGAAUUGAUAGCCAAAAAGGACCAGAUAGAGCAAAGAGACUUGCUCAAGUUUGCUUUAUUGACUGAGUAA